UAUCUGUUUCUCCUGCCGUCUCUCUCACACACACUUGUUCAUCAAUGGGGUCUAGCCGGAGAAGUUUAUAACUGAGCGGAGAAAUUUCGUAAAUAAAUGUUUUCACUUUCUUCCCCGCUUCAUCUCCAUGCCGGAGUGUCGUUACAUCUCAAAAAACCCAUCAUCUUUAGAACAUCAAAUUCUUUCAGACAAUUGAAGUUGAAACCUGCUGCUACUGUACGGUCAUUGUACAAUGUGUUUGAGAAUCAAGACAAGCCAAAAGAUAUUGAAGCUGAUAGGAAGAUGAAGGAGGAGGAAAGGAGAAGGAAGAUUGGAUUAGCAAAUAAAGGAAAGAUACCAUGGAACAAAGGAAGGAGACACACUGAAGACACUCGAAGACGAAUUAAGGAGAGAACUAUUGAAGCUUUGAGAAAUCCCAAGGUUCGGGACAAGAUGUCUGAGCAUCAACAACCACACAGCGAUGAAACCAAGGAGAAGAUAAGAGCUUCAGUUAAACAAGUUUGGGCUGAAAGAUCAAGAUCAAAGCGAGUAAAGGAGAAGUUCAUUUCACUGUGGUCAGAGAACAUUGCAGAAGCUGCAAGGAAAGGAGGAAGUGGUGACGUCGAACUCGAUUGGGACAGCUACAAAAAAUCAAAACAAGAGAUUUCAUCUGAGCAGCUUCAGUUGUCUGAAGAGAAAGCAAGAACAAGGGAACAGACCAAGAUGAGAACAGAAGAAGCCAAGACAGAGAAGAUGAGGAGAGUUGUAGAAAGGAAGAAAGAACGCCAAGAGAGAGACGAAAGAGGAGUAAAGACUAGAAAACCAAAGCAGAACAAGGAGAAUGCAAUCGCUACCUCACGUUCUAAACUGAAGAAUAGACUCACAAAGAUUCACAAGAAGAAAACAAGUCUUGCUAAAGUCGCUAUUGUAAAGGAUAGUAUAGUUUCAGUUGCAGCCAAGCUGGAGAAUCUGGACUUGGAACUGAUAAAGAAAGAGAGAACAAGAGGAGAAAUCUCUCUUGCUGAUCAGAUCCAAGCAGCUAAAAGCCUACGAGGAAAUGAUAUUUUGUCAAGGGUUGGUCUUUUUGCCAUGAAAUCAAUGGACUUCGAUUAGAAAAUAGUUUAUAGAGCUGCUGCCCCUUUACUUCUUGUUCCACUAUAUACUGAAGACUUAAAAGAUAUAAUUAAUAGACCAAUUAUUAACAAAA